AUGUUGAUGGACUCUCUAGAGUGGCUUGGUGAAAUAGGAAAUUUUGUUGCUACUGUGUUGUGCUUGAGUAAAAUUGUUUUACUUUUUUUUUGGCAAGGCGAAGCUGAAUCAGUUGGAACUGGGCAGUCGAAUGGGCUGUUCUUUCUGUUGUAUGAGCUGCGUCAGGUUCGGAAUCUUUGGUGGUUUGCUGCCGAGGAGGGUCGUUUGUUGGUUUCGCUUCGUAGUUCUGGUGUGCAACGUGCUCAUCCAUUCAUUCGCAGGAUAGUCGAUGUCGCCAACUACAUGCGUCUUACAAGAUCGUUUGGUGUCGAUGGGUUUGUCAGCAGUAGACGUGUCUGCUUCUCGCUCUUUUUGCGUUUCAAGGUUGGGCCUUCGACAGUUUAG